AAGCGCACAGCGCAGAACCGCGCCGCACAGCGAGCCUUCCGCGAACGCAAACAGCAGUAUCUGCGCACGCUUGAGGAAAAAGUCCAGGAGCUCACCGAGCAGCAGCAAAAGACAGAAAGGGAAAACCAAAAGCUCAAGAGUUUUGUCGAGAAGCUCAAGCAGGAGAACGUUACUUUGAAG